AUGGCCGUCGCUGUGAUGGAGCCUGAGCAAGCGCUGAAUCUGAGCCUGGCGGGCUGCAGCACUGCCGACGUGCUCAGUCUGCUGGCAGCUGCUGAAAAGGACCAGCUAAGAGGCCUGGACUUGUCCUUGCUGGACGGAGUGGUGGGUGAGGAGGUGAUUUCUCAAGCUUUGCAUUUCACUAGGCUGUCGGGCAAGCAGGCCCGCUUCCGUCUUGCCCACGUAGAUCUGGGCAGUGGCACGGACUCCGAGCAGCGAAUGUUCGAUCUGAGAGCAGAACGUGAGCUUCGCAACACGGAGAGGGCCGUGCACGUCGGCAAGAAGAGCGAGUCCGCCAAGCAAAAGGACUUUGCAGUCUCUGCUCAGAUGAGGCGCGAGGCUACCGCUGGCAUUGAGGCUGCAGACCAGAGGCUUGCAGAAAUCGAAGCUGAGCUGCACGAGCUGGAGGGAAAACAGGUGGACUUUCCGUGGUUCCGACUCUUCUCGCAGCUGCAGGCGCAGGCCUUGAACUACCUCGGCCACCUUGACCUGAGUAAUUGUGGCCUCCACGCCACCGGCAUCGAGCUCUUGCAGAAAGUUCUCCUGGAUUUGGAGCACCGCGGCGACGGCUUUGCAGUGGAGGAGCUUGUGCUGGACGGCAAUGAUCUGGGCGAUGCGGCCACCGUAGCCCUCGCCUCCUUGAUCCGACUCUCCUCACGGAUCCAGGUGCUGAGGCUCAGAAACAUCGGCAUCACAGAUGGAGGAUUUUCCCAAGUCAUCUCCGCAAUUGUGGGCAAUAAGACCCUGUGCCUCUUGGACCUCCGAGGGAAUGGCCUUUGCACCCUCGAAAACAACAAGGUUGCCGUUCAGGGCCUCAGGCGCUUUAACCGGCUUGUACAGAUCUUAGUGGAGUAG